AUGUCGACUGAAAACACCAUUAUUAAAGACAAGCCCAUUGCUGAUCGAACUAUUCAUUUUUUGAUCCCACCCCUUUCUGCAGAUGAACCAUCCCAUAUUCUUAGUUUACCUGAAACAUUUGCUAUACAACAGAGCCCGUUGGAAAUACCAUUACCAUCAGGAAAAUAUAUUCUUGCUCCAAGUCCAAUUCAUUAUUAUGAAUCAGUUCAACCACAAAUGAAUAGUAUUAUAUCUUCAGCUGAAGGUUUGAUUGAUCCUUUAACAUCGGAAAAUUUUAUUCAUAUAGUAGAAAAUCUAUCUGAAUAUUCAAUUCCUUGUCCGAUUUUACAAAGUCAUGUUGAUAAAUCAACAUCGAUGGUUUCCAUGGAUGAUUUCGAUGAUAUCACAUCGAAUCAACCGAUGACAGAAUAUUAUUUUCGUUCAAGUCCAUCCUAUUAUGAUCCAAUUUGUGAAUAUUCAUCAUCAGCAAUUGAUGAUCCAAAUUUAUUUAUGCACCACGAACAGCUAACAUCCUAUUUAAAUAAUUCAAGUAAUAGUUCAUCACAAUGUGAGGUUAAUUAUCAAUGGGCAACAUUACCUGUUACAAUGGCAUCGUCGAAUGAUACGAAUUGGAAAAAAGUUCGCUCGAAUGGAAAUUCUAAUAAUAAAAUCAAAGCACGAAAUAGUCGAAAACGCACGAAAUUUUCUAAUGAUGAUCUUGAAAUAUUAAAUUUAUUUUUUGAAAGCAAUCCCAUGCCAACGCGAACAGAUAUAUCAAUUUUAUCAGAAAGACUUUCUUAUCCACGUUAUAUUAUACAAGUAUGGUUUUAUAAUAAACGUCAAUCACUUAAACGAGGCAGCUGCUCGUCAUCUCGAUUAGAUAGAAUUAUAGAAUGA